UGACCUUCAAGGAUGUGGCCAUAGAUUUCUCUCAGGAGGAGUGGGAAUGCCUGGACCCAGCUCAGCGGAAAUUGUACCUGGAUGUGAUGGUGGAGAAUUGCAGCAACCUGGCCUCCCUGGCUGUGGCAUCUGAAGAUAACCAGGCCUUUUUGCUAAAGCCCACACUUCAAUAUUUAUCCUCUGAAAUUAUACUGCAGAAUAAAUAUAAUGGAAACACAAGUUACCAAUGGAACGAACAUUGGAAAAACUUUAAGCAACAGUCAUCUCUUAAUAAUCAACCGAGAAUUGAGCUUUCAGAGGACCAUUAUAAAAGUGGAAAAGUCUUUGACCAAAUGUCCUAUCAGACUAUAGGCCAGGUUUUUCAUAUUGUGGAGAAGACACACAAGGGAUGUAGACUUCUCAAAUCUUUUCAGGAAUCUUUAAAUAACACUGAACAAGAGAAUAUUCAUGCUGAUGAGCAAGCUUACACAGGUAAUUCAUGUGGUGGAAUCUUCAGUCAAGUACUCAAUCUAAAUAGACUGACGGAAUUUCAUACUGGAGAGAAGCCUUAUAAAUUUACCGAAUGUGACAAAGCAUUUAGGGAGUCUGCAACCCUUCAUCAAAAUCAGAGAGUUUAUACUGGAGAGAAGCCGUAUAAAUGUAGAGAAUGUGAUAAAGCCUUUAGCCAAUGCUUAACCCUUUUUCUUCAUCAGGGAAUUCACACUGGAGAGAAACCUUUCAAAUGUAGCGAAUGUGACAAAACCUUCAGCAGAUCCUCAAACCUUACUGCACAUCAGAGAAUUCAUACUGGAGAGAAGCCUCAUAAAUGUAGAGAAUGUGGAAAAGCCUUUACCAGCCGUAAAUAUCUUACUGUACAUAACCGUAUUCAUACUGGAGAGAAGCCAUACAAAUGUGGAGAAUGUGGCAAAGCUUUCACCCAGUUCACAUCAUUUACCAAUCAUCAGAGAAUUCAUACCGGAGAGAAGCCUUAUAAAUGUAGAGAAUGCGGCAUAGCCUUUAGCCAGUCCUCAUCCCUUAUUUAUCAUCAGAGGGUUCACACUGGAGAGAAACCUUAUAAAUGUAGAGAAUGUGGCAAAGCCUUCCGUGUUAUAGCAUUACUUACUUAUCAUCAGAGAGUUCACACUGGAGAGAAACCUUAUAAAUGUAGAGAAUGUGGCAAAGCCUUUAGCCAGUCCUCAACCCUUACUUAUCAUCAGAGAGUUCACACUGGAGAGAAGCCUUAUGAAUGUACAGAAUGUGGCAAAACCUUUACCGGCUUCUCAGACCUUACUAAGCACCUGAGAGUUCACAGUGGAGAGAAGCCUUACAAAUGUAGAGAAUGUGGCAAAGCCUUUAGCCAGUCCUCAUCCCUUAUUAAUCAUCAGAGAGUUCACACUGGAGAGAAGCCUUAUAAAUGUAGAGAAUGUGGCAAAGCCUUUAGCCAGUCCUCAUCCCUUAUUAAGCAUCAGAGUGUUCACGCUGCAAUGAAACCUUGUACCAGGUAAAUGUGGAAAAUGUGGCAACUCCUUUGGCAGCUCCUCAGGCCUUGCUAAGCAUCAGAGAGUUCAUUCUGGAGAGAAGCCUUAUAGAUGUAGAAAAUAUAACAGCCUUUC